UCUUCAAACAGUGUCAGAUAGGACUUUUGUAGCCUCAUAAUUUGGGUAUUUAUGAAAUGAAUUCAAUUCUGUCACUCAGAAGCCAAACGAUGAAGAUGAUGGACGGCCAACGAUCAUGAAUGGAAGGUCGUGAUGAAAAGGCAAAUUAAAAAUAUGGUUGUGACUCCCAUUUAUGAUGAAAUCUAAACGUUAUCUUCCUCUUCACCUUCCUUUCUUUACAGCUCAUUCAGUAUCAACGGAAAGAAAGAAGAAAAGCUUCGCAGAUAAUAAUUCAUCCCAUUCUGUUUCCCGUAACAGAAAUUUCCGAGAAUGGAGCUUCCAAAAUCAUCUGCAAAUGAUGAUAAAGAUCAGCGAAGAUCAAUUGAGGUGUUUGAACCGAAAGCAAGUGAUGGUGUUGGACAAUCGAGUAGUGUUAAACAGGAAGGAUCAUCAAAAACUGCCGCUUCCAAUAUCAGUAGCAACAAGGACUCUAUUAAGAAAUGGAUGGCGUUUGAAAAAGAAGCGAGUGGUGGCAAGACGGAAUCGAAUGGGACUAGUCUCGAGACGAAAGGGAAUCAAAUAUUAGCAGGAGCUAACAUAGCUGAAAGGACGGCGGAAUGGGGAUUCGUGGUGCAGAAAGACGUCGGAGAAGGAAGUUUCAUAGCCGUUAGUGGUGACCGGGGCAAAAAUUCAUCAGAAAGAUUUGCAGUGGAUUCCACAAGGACGUCAGAGGAAUCAGAAUCCGGGGCCGUUCCGAGAGUGUCUCAGGAAUUGAAGGAGGCUUUAGCGACAUUGCAACAAACGUUUGUUGUGUCUGAUGCUACAAAACCAGACUGCCCAAUUAUGUAUGCCAGCAGUGGAUUUUUUAGUAUGACCGGUUACUCUUCCAAGGAGGUCAUUGGAAGGAACUGCCGGUUUCUUCAAGGUCCGGAGACGGACGGAAACGAGGUGGCCAAGAUACGAGAUGCGGUGAAGAAUGGGACGAGCUACUGCGGGAGGCUGUUAAACUACAAAAAGGAUGGAACUCCCUUUUGGAAUCUUCUCACUGUCACCCCUAUCAAAGAUGACAGUGGCAAAGCCAUCAAAUUUAUUGGAAUGCAGGUUGAGGUCAGCAAAUACACAGAAGGUAUAAAUGAUAAGGCAUUACGGCCAAACGGAUUGCCCAAGUCGCUGAUACGGUAUGAUGCUCGUCAAAAGGAGAAGGCUUUAUGUUCCAUUACAGAGGUGGUCCAAACAAUGAAACAUCGUCAAUCUCACAAGCCAACUGGAAGUCUUAGUACUAUUGAAGAUCUUGGAGAGCACGAGAAAUUCAACCUUGAUUAUGCUUUGCCUAAGUCAGUUAAUACACCUGAUAGACAAAGUCCUCAUAUUGAUAACACAAGGGAUAUGCCUCACACGAGUUCAGUUCAGGAAGUUGGCAAAAAUUCUAGAAAAUCGGGGCGCAAUUCUUUUAUGGGGCAUAAAGGGAGGUCUCUAAGCUUUCCAGUAAAGCAUGAAGCUGAACGAAGUAAUGCACCUGAAGUUUUAAUGACUAAAGACGUAGAGCGUACGGACAGUUGGGACCAUGCAGAAAGAGAGAGGGAUAUUCGUCAGGGAAUUGAUCUAGCAACCACAUUGGAACGCAUUGAAAAGAAUUUUGUUAUCACAGAUCCAAGGCUUCCUGAUAACCCUAUUAUAUUUGCGUCAGAUAGCUUUCUCGAAUUGACAGAAUAUACACGUGAGGAAAUUUUGGGAAGAAAUUGUCGGUUUCUUCAAGGACCUGAAACUGAUCAAGCAACUGUCCAAAAGAUAAGAGAUGCUAUUAGAGAACAAAGGGAAAUUACUGUUCAGUUGAUCAACUACACUAAGAGUGGAAAGAAAUUUUGGAACUUAUUCCACUUGCAACCCAUGCGUGAUCAAAAGGGUGAGCUUCAAUACUUCAUUGGUGUCCAACUCGAUGGAAGUGAUCAUUUAGAACCCUUGAGGAGCCGCUUGUCAGAGAAUACAGAGCAAAAAAGUGCAAAGUUGGUCAAAGCUACUGCUGAAAAUGUUGAUGAAGCUGUUCGAGAACUUCCUGACGCCAACUUGGUAAGAGACCAGAAGACUUGGGCGAUCCACUCUCGGCCUGUUUUCCCACGGCCACACAAAAAGCACAAUCCUUCUGGAUAGCGAUAGAAAAGAUCACUGGACGUGGUGAAAAAAUUGUCUACAUCAUUUUAAGCCGAUAAAACCCUUGGGUUGUGGUGAUACUGGCAG